AUGCCUGCUCUUCCUCAGUUUGACUAUCUUUUUGCCAUCGGCACCCUCUUCGCAUUCCUGGAUGCGUGGAACAUUGGUGCCAACGAUGUGGCCAACUCUUUCGCGACUUCGGUCGCUUCACGCUCGCUCACACUCAAGCAGGCCAUGUGCAUUGCCUCCGUCAUGGAGUUUGCUGGUGCCAUGCUUGUAGGUUCUCGAGUUACAGACACCAUCCGUACAAAGGUCAUCUCCAUCUCUCUCUUUGAGGACGAUCCGUCUGUUCUCAUGCUUGCCAUGGUUUGCGCCAUCGUUGGUUCUGCCACCUACCUCACCAUUGCCACUAAAUUUACGAUGCCUGUCUCGACUACUCACUCAAUCAUGGGCGGUGUUAUUGGUGUUGGUAUUGCUGCAGCUGGGCCCCAGGGUGUCAACUGGUCUUUCAAGGGUGUGUCUCAAGUGUUCGCUGCCUGGGGUAUUGCUCCUGGUAUCUCUGGAGUCUUUGGUGCUAUAAUCUUCUUGAUCACUAAGCAUGGAGUUAUGAGACGCCGCAACCCUGUGAAGAAGGCCUUCAUCAUGGUCCCUCUUUACUUCUUCCUCACUUCCUUUCUUCUGGCUCUCCUCAUCGUUUGGAAGGGUGGGUCUGCUAAGAUCAAGCUCACCGACUACGAGUCUGUUGGUGUUGCCUUCGGUGUCGGUGGCGCUGUUGCUCUUAUCAUCGCUACCUUCUUCAUCCCCUUCCUGCACCGCAAGAUCAUGAAGGAUGACUGGGAGCUCAAAGGCUGGGAGGUAAUCAAGGGACCUUUUCUUCUUCGCCGUCCUGAGCCCCGCGAGCGUCCCGAAGGCGUCACCGCUGGCCUCAUUCCCGACUUCUACGACGGCCACUUGACUGCUGAGCAGCUUGAGGCUAAGCGCGCCAACGAAGGUCUGGCUGCUCACAACAAUGUGGAGGAUCUCGAGAAGGGCGGUGCCCACGUCUCACAGCCCAAGAUGGAUCGCAGCGACUCUGACAUUACACCGGUCCCCGAGCCCUCUACCGCCGCCAUCAAUGAACGUCCUCUUCGCCAGCUUUCCAAGCCAAAGAAGAUUCCUCCUCCAGGUGCCUGGUACACUCCUGCUGUGAUAUGGUACUGGGUCAAGUACGCAGCGCUUCACGGAGUAGAGCAGGACGUGGUUGAUCAGCAAAAACACAAGGAUUUCCUUUCUGGCGAUAUCGAGAAGAUCCACGCUACUGGAGAGCACUACGACAACCGCGCUGAGUACACGUACUCGUUCUUGCAGAUUUUGACUGCAUCGACUACCUCCUUUGCCCACGGUGCGAACGAUGUCUCCAACGCCAUCGGUCCUUACACCACCAUCUACUUUAUCUGGUCCACUGCAAAGAUCUCUAACAAAGUUCCCGUCCCACUCUGGAUUCUUGCCUUCGGAGGAGCUGGUAUCGUCGUCGGUCUCUGGACAUAUGGUUACAAUAUCAUGCGUGCGCUCGGUAACAAGAUCACUCUGCACUCGCCUGCCCGCGGGUUCUCCAUGGAACUUGGUGCCGCCGUCACAAUCAUCAUGGCUACCAAGCUCGCUCUCCCUGUCUCCACAACACAGUGCAUUACUGGCGCGACUGUUGGUGUCGGCCUGUGUAACGGUACUUGGAGGACUAUCAACUGGCGCAUGGUAGCCUGGAUCUACAUGGGUUGGUUUGUCACGCUGCCUUGUGCUGGGUUGUUAUCCGGAUGCUUGAUGGGCAUUGUUCUCAAUGCACCAAAGUGGGGCGGUGGUUUUUAA